AUGGAGGACGCAGUAGAUUGGAGUGAUAGCCCCAUCGAAUCAUCACCCCUCCUUGCAGCAAACCACCAUGGAUUGCAGAUGGCAUUCGAGGAGCCUGAGCCCAGGUUUCAAGGAGAUUACACGUUUGCCAUUGUCGAUCAGGAGCACAUCAAUAUCCCUACCGGAGAAUCUUUCCCUCCUUAUAUGAACGGCGAUGGGCGGCUCAAGCCUGCCAACAGUCGCGUAUCCAAGAUGGGCAUAAAUCUCAAUCGUCGGAAGCCCACUUGGGAAGAUUACACCAACUUCGUCUUGUACCAGGGUAGCCAGAAAGUCUACGAGGCGACUUUCCUCGAGAAUUUCGUGGCUCACGCUCUCCACCCCAAUCAGCUCGAGGCAUGCUUAUCUACGGGCCACAAUACUGGCCAGAAUGUCCAUCAAUACCUCAGAUCCGUCUCGGACAAUGUGAACAAGCUAGCUACUAGGAUGAUCCAGAACACUCAUUCGCGGAUAAUUAGCUUCUUGGCGAACGACGACAGAGAGACAAUAACGUUCUGGGACUUCGAGCAAUUCAACGAACGGUCUUUUGCUGAUUUCCUGCCCGGCAACACAUUCCCCGUUGUCGAUCUGAUGAGCCGGUCUUGGCAUAGGGCUUUCAGUCAUCCUUCUAUGGUGCGGUAUAGCGCCACGCAGUAUCAGUUCGGUGCUGAUGCAUCACCUUUCGAGGAGCUCGACGAUGUUACCGGACAGUCAUCGCUCUUUCGUGUCAGAAGCGCGCCUUAUGUAGCUCAUGAACAAAACGUCCGCCCUCCCCGCACGAAGAAGCCGAAAACUUGCCACUUGCCCGGCGCCCUGCCGCGUAAAGGUACGGGCGUGCCUCGCAAUAACUGGCUUCAGGGGUUUGGGGAUUAUGGCCUCACCGGAAGUCCUGCUGUCCCAGGUGACCAUGGGAAUUUUCAAGAAUCCCCGCUCUCCGGUUUGUCUGCUAGGGGCGAUUCGGGUGCACCUGCUACACAAACUAGUUGGAGUGGUGCAAUUGACAAUGUUGACGAAUUAUGCACAACUGCUGGUGGGAAUAUGCACGUGGGCGAUGAUACUGAAACGAACUCGGUAUGUUCCUUCCAUUCUCAGACUAAAACGCCUAACCGACUUGAGGGUCUCGUGGCUGCAUAUGGGCCUGAUGUACUUUUACAAGAAUCAGGUCUAUCUCCCUUGCCAGAGAUUACCCAAAGCGAUGCUGCUGGCACGGUGGACCCAUUGUGGAGAAUGGCGCUGAUUGAGGAUCACAAGCAACGAUUAGCGGAGAAAAGGCCAAGAACGCAGCAGCAACGAGAGACGCCACUGAAAUUCGACGAUUACAUCGAACGAGCCAUUGAGCAAGGUGAUUUGAGGCGUCUUGCGCCUGGUCUUCGAAGGAUAGCAGACUUCGUCGAUCCGCCUACUCUUGAUUCGGAACUGAUACAAGCUCCGGCUAGUCUGCACAACGCCCGCCUAGAAGAUCCGCCGGAAGGGCUCGGCAGCGACAACGAUGAUCCGCAGGCUGAGCUCGUCUUGCAUCAAGAACGGAAGAAGACGAAAUCUACAAACAAGUCCACCCGCUCGAAGCGGCCAAAUAACGAUACUUCUGCUAGUGGAUCAAACAAACGACGGAAGAGCCCGCAAUACGCAAAGUCCAACCUUCCAAAAACUGCGCAGGCUGCCUUUGAACGAAAUCCUAGUACAACUUUCUCAUCAAGCAGCCACCCGGCACAUGCAGAUGCCUGUCACGGUACUUCCAAAACGCUUGAAAAUCACCAGCGGCUCCCUCCGGAUGCUUAUUUCGAGAAGGUUUCUGAACAGGACCAAUAUGCAUGGCGGUGUAGCAUCAAACACCCCAUGGGUUAUUACUAUAAUGCAGGUGACAGAAAGAACUGUCCGGGCUGCUUUACUGCUUUGAGUGAGAACCCGAAACGAAAAGUAAUGGACUUCUAUCUGCCUUCACGUUCGCAUUUUUUUCAGCCUGCGCCAGGCAUCAUCUGGAAGCCUGGAAGGCCGCAAGGAAAGCCCAGGCGAAGCAAGCAUCUAUCGCACAACAGCAUUGCCAAAGACGCAUACUGGGAUGCUAUCAACACUGGCGCGACUACAGAUGAGGCAUUGAAGAAGGGAAUUAUAGCUGUGGAAGCGUACUUGCGAGGGAAAGAGGAGAAAAGAGCGAAGAAGGUGCUGACACCUGAGCCAACACCUGAGCCUGUCGACCUGGGCCCCCACUCCAGCGACUCAAAGACAAUGGAGCAUGGUCAAGAGCUCCCGUUAGGUGCAUACUGGAAGAAGCAAUUCCGUUGCGAUGAACUUGCUUGGCGUUGCGACAUCAACCAUGCACUUGGACGCUAUUAUCUCGCUGGUGACGUGAGGUCAUGCCCCGGCUGUGGAUCGUGCAGAUCAGGCCCUGGAAAACACCCUGAAAUGGACUUUUAUCUUCCCGCUGGCUCAAUUGCGCGACAAGAGGCUCCCGAUCUAGUCAAAUGGAAGCCUCGUCCGCCUUACAGGCUGGCGAAGAAGAGCAAAAAGGCAAGACAAGUUGUAUCUCACAACCAGUUCUGCUCAAAGAAGUACUGGGAGCUCAUCGACGAAGGUCGCGAGCACGUGGAGGGCGGUGCAAAUGAAGAGGCCCUCGCGCUUGCUGUAAAAGCCACCGAUGCUCACAUCGAUGCAAAGUUGGCUGCUACUCAAGUGGAGCUAGAGAAGUCAGAGUCUUCCAAAGAGCAAGGCUCCAAGCCCAAGGGCAACCCAAAGCCAAAGAGCGAACCGAAAAAUCUGCCUGAAUCUGAGGGCAACAGUUCUGUGCGACAUGGCCGCAGUGGUGCGCGUCUCUUCUCAUUCGCCUCCCCCUCACCUCUUGUCCCCAGGAAGAGUGGUAGCGAAGAGCUCAACGACAGCGAGCUUGGCGAGGUUACCGAGUACGAGACGGGAGAGGAUGACGAAUCCGCACAGGAGAUCAUAUCAAUAUCCUCUGAAGACGAGUCCACUUCUGAUUCGGACAGUGAGUAG